CGGCUACAGCUCGACAUGCAGAUACAAAAGAAACAUCUUACACACACGCGCAAGGAGUCAGAACUGCAGGAUCUGGCAGAUCAGAUAGAGCUGAGGGCCAAAGAGCUGAAGAGCCAGGAGGCCAUGCUGCAGACCAAGGUAGCAGAUCUUAAGAGAAGGAGGAAGAAGCUUGGGGAGGAAGAGGGGGAGGUGGACAGACAAAUAGAGACCUUACCCCGGCUGAUCCAGGAGAGGGACCAGCUGCAGGAGGAGCUGGACAGGAUGAGAGAGGAGAAACACCAAGCCCGAGAACUCAUCCAGAGAGCCAGGGAAGAGGAGGAGAGGCUGAGAGAGGAGAGAGACAAAGCCAGAGAGGAGUGCAGGAGAGCGAAGGAGGACAAAGAGAGGCUGGAGAGCAAGGUGACGCUGCUGCAGGAGAGAUGCGACCGUCUCAGCCGCAGAGUCAGUGAGUUGGAACAAGGUGAAAGAGCAAGUGUCUCCCCCAGACAAGAACCUAAACAUGACAAGAAGGAGGAGAAAACAGAGGUGACGGCGCCCUCCAGUGACAAGAGAGAUUCAUCACUACAUGUAGAAGACCUGGACUCACCAGUCUCCCCUGUGCCUGACAGCCAGAGCAGCAUGGACGAGUUCCGACACUACAUCUCCUCACACGGCGCUUCCAUCCAAAAAACCAAACUCUUCCUGGAAAGGGAGAGCAGCCGGCUGAUGGAGAGACAGGCAGCUCUGCGGGCGGCCCAGUCCACCUCCUCUCAGGAUCCCAACCAUGAAGGAGGGGUGACUGAGGAGAUGAUAAGAAACCUCAUGCAGGAGGCCAGAAAUGUGGCGGAGCUGCAGCAGACAGUUCAGAGGGGGAACUCUCUCCUGCGGAGGAAAGAGGAGCAGCUUCAGCAGCUGGAGAGCUCGAUAGCUGAGGAGCCUCUGUUUGACAAUCUGUCUCGGCUGGGGGGAGAAAGGAAGGUGACCUUUGAUGUGACUGAGUCAGACCUCAGCAGCACUGUGGAUCCACCAGAUGGGACAGGAGCUCAUCCCACAGUCCCAGCCAAAGUCCAGGAGUUAGCAGAGUCCCUGCAGCAGAUCUCGGGCCAGCUCAACACCGUCCUGAGUGCACUGGGUUCACUAGCUCAGAGGCAGAGUACUGCGCCUUACACAGCCUUCCCUAUGUCUCUGUCUCAGCCUCACUCCACUCCAGCUCCCACCUCUGCCUCCACCUCUUUCCCAGUCAUGCCCCAGAUGCACAGCCUGGGCCCCAGCUCCUUAGCCCCACCUCCCCCAGUGAGGCUCUCAGAGCCAUCUUGGAACUGGGUGCCUCAGGGUAACUCGGCAGCCACCCCUCUCUACAGCACCCCCAUCAGCAGUGGGCUGAGGGCCUCUGAGGACCUCAUCAACAGCCGAUGGAGCCAGAUCUUCCCUGGAGCAGGUUUGGACCCAAUCACCUCCAGCACCUUGAGGACCUCCUCAGCCUACCCAUCAUACACUCCUGUUAGUGAACACAGUCGAGGCCUGCAGUCCAUGCAGAAGUCAGUGGAGGCGGACGGCCAGAGACUGCAGGGGCUGAUCGACGGCAACAAGAGGUGGCUGGAGAUGCGCAAGAAAGACACCAGCAUACCUCUGUUCACUCGCUAUCGGGCUCCAUCCACUAAGAGCGGCCUUGUCCAGCUGGGACUGGACGAUAACAACCAGAUCAGAGUCUAUCAUUACUGAGGACAUGACGCACAGUUCAGUCUGGCUGUACAGUGACUGUCACCGAGGACUUUGACUGACUUUAACGACUGUGACAAGUCAGUGCUGUGACGUUUACACGCAGGGCCUCACGUGAGUGCCCUGUGCCCUCUGUGAUUCAUUCCUUAGGUUUUCAGGGAAAACCCGGCCUCCUCCACUGUGAUUGGAGGAAGAGCUGACUGCAGAGGAUAUGGCAGUUCAGGGGGCCACAUGUCACAGAGGGCUGAGGACUUUUAUCCUCCACAUCAGAUACCUUUUAAAGCACUUCCGUGUCAUGUUUACAGAUAUAAGCUCCAUGCCAGACUUGGGUCAAACACUUUUUUAAUGAUUUAGUUCACAUUGAUGUCAGGUGGCCGUUUGUAGGAGAAUCACAGAGAAGCAUCUUCAUGUCUACUUGGAACACUCCUUUAUUACUGAAACCUUUCCAUACGUCAUCUAAUUUGUCUUCUCGUGAACUCCAGACUUAACACUUAAAAACAUGCUUUGAAGAUGCACAGAGGUCAACUUCCAUUACAUGAUGUUAUAUUUGUAUUUAUGCCACUGGUUUUGUAAAGGACUUGUGUGUGAACUUCUUCGAUUCUUGUCAUUUUAGCCUUUCAGAAACAGAUUCAAUCACUAUUUUUGUAAAGGUUAAGACAGUCCACUUUUAUUUUGUAUACUUUUCCAUAUUCUCUCAAACAGAGAUGUAGUACAGCAGUUGUCGUUAGCCGUGGCUAGUGUAAAAUUUAACAUAUGCAGUCAGAAAAAUGUCCUCUGUGCUUAUAAAUUUGUGUAAA